AUGUGUCGGAUAUAUUUCAACAAUAAUAACUUACUUUUUACAAAGCAUGAUCAUUUCUGGAAAUAUGUACACUAUCCUGAAACCAUUGAUUCUGGUAUUAAAAAAGACCGAGUGGAUUGUGUUACGCUUUCUAACUCGAUAAUUAUGAUCACGCCUAGUGAACCUCAUCAGCAUAGUACAAAUGUGAAUGUAUACCCAUCAUCUGUUUCAGCGAAUUUAUAUCUUUCCCCUGGAAAAAUGGCUACUAUUGCUGUUUCACAAUCUCAUUGCACUCGACCAUCGUCUGUUCCUAGUUGUUAUGCACACAGAGAAGGAUAUAAUCUUGUCUCAGCAAAGAGUCAUUUAUCUCCUGUGAAUACUACACCUACUACUACUAAUAAUAAUACUAUUGAUAAUCAUCUAUCACCGUAUUUUAAAACCAGUCCAGUUUAUCAGUUGCCUUCAUCACCAGUUACCGGUACAUGUAAUGAAUACUAUUCAUCAGAUUUAAAAGAUUUAUCGAAAAAUAAUGAAGGUUUUAUAAAAGAAGAGGUUACUGUUAGUUCACCUCCUCAGUCAAUUGUCGCAGACUCAGGCAGAGAAGGAAAUAUACCUUCUCCAUUGUAUCAGAUAUCUCCUCAGCCACAUAAUUCAUCAUCAACAUCGACAUCGUCGUCGUCGUCAUCAUCAUCAUCCGUGAGUACUAGUGACAGUUCUACUUCGUCGUCAUCAUUAUCGAUUUCAACACCAUCAGCUGCAUUAAUUGAAAGUAAACAGCAUAAUUCAGUGAUAGAAUAUAAUAAUAAAAAGCCAACUGAUUUUUCACUUUUUAUUGAUUUUCCACAAUUAUGUACAAAAUCUAAUGGUGGUUAUUAUCUUAAUUUACCAAAAGAUGUUAUUUUACCUGAGAUUAAUAAUAAUAAUAAAAAAGGACAAGAGAACUGGAAUCACCAUGAACACCUAAUUGAUGUGAUUAUCAUGAUUGUCAAUAGAAAAGGACAAGUAUUACACUAUGAAAGACAUUUUUCAAGUCAACACAAUUUAUGCUUGAAUGAUGAUGAUAUUCAUUAUCAAUUACAUAAUUGGAAGAGUAAAAUUCAAGAUCUUGACAGAAAUAUUUGGGAGAAACAUUCAUCGAAAGUUUUCAAUGAAGCAUCACGAUGGUGUCGAGCACGAAAUGCUUUAAUCAAAGUAAACAAUGAGAAUGUUGUACCAACGCCAGCUCCAGAGUCAAUAUCAACACCUACUCCAAUCUCUGAUAGUGUUGUUAACACUAAUGAUGAUAUUGAAAGUUUUGAUGCGGAUGCAGAUGCGAACGCUAACGCUGACGGUAAUAAUGAUGAUGUUAUUCUUGUUGGUGAACAGAUUUCAUCGCACAAUUCGAAUUCAAUCAUUUUGUCUAAAAAUCGCAUCAAACGUAAUUUAUACGAUUGUCCUGUAUAUCGAAUAAAAUUGGAUCAAAAAUGGUAUUAUGUGCAUACAUUCAGUUUACCUGUAUGGUAUAAUAAAUUGUAUACACAGUUAAAAUCUUCAAUCUAUGAACCAUUAGUUGUUCAUUAUCACAACCUACUUCGUGAAUGUGAUCCAAGUGGUGAUGAGUUGACGCGUUGUUCAUCAAGUGCUACAACAACAACAACAACCACUGCUUGUCUUAAAAAGACUGUACCUGAAUCCAAACUGUCAUCACUGUCGAACAACUGUCAAAGUUUGCAUACAACUCACACUAUUGUUCCUAUGCAUACAUGUAAAUCUUUAAAAUAUGAUGAUAAUGAUCGGAUUAUUAUUGAAGUAUCCAGGAAUAGUAGUAGUAGUAGUAGUGGCGGCGGCGGUAAUAUAUGUCCACAUAUGAAUUCACCGGAUUCCUCCUCCUCCUCGUCAUCUUCAUCAUUAUCAUCGUCUACAACACGUGGUGGUGGUGGUGGUGGUAGAACAUUGAUAUUCAAUUCUAGUCCUCCUACAUCAACCUCAUCAUCAUCGUCGUUAUUAUCAUCUCAUAUGCUACCACCACAUCAUCAUCAUGUUCAUUUUACGCAUCAUCAUCAUCAUCAUCCUACGGUGGCAGUUGCUGGUGGUGGUGGGGCUUCCUCUUCGUCUUCUGGUCAUCAAAUACAUGAUGAGAUACCAGUCAUCAAUAAUAAUAGUAAUAGUAGUGCAUUGCCUCUUCAUCAUCAACACUUACAUCAUCAUCACCAUCAUUAUGUUCGACAUCAUUCUGCAUCAUCUAAUACUGAUGAUGAUGAGGAUGAAGAUGACGAUCCAACAAUUCAUUCACAUGAUACUACUAAUAAAAAUAAUUCAUCUCAGCCUGUUCUUAUUCCCCAUCAUCAUUUACAUUAUCAAAAUUCUAUGAUGGAAAAAUCUACUGCUACUAUCAUAAAUCAUCAAAGUCAGGCACAAAGAAAGAAUAAUGUUGUCAUAGAUGAUGAUGGUACUGGAUGGGACAGUACUACUACUAAUACUAUCAAUAACAAAAAAGAUUCAUUGACUUGUCAAUCAAUUGUUAAUAAUCCUCCUGCUCCUCCUCUUGCUCAGUGUCCAGGACACUUAGAUCCAAAUCAUCAUCACCACCAUCACCAUCAUCAUCAUUCUCAUCCGCUUAUUCAUCAUACCAGCCAACAUUCACAUAAUCUUUAUCAUCCAUAUUGUCGGCAUAAUGAUAAAUCAACCCUUACAGAAUUUGUUGCACCUACAUCAUUGUCAACAACAACAACAUCAGCCUCGUUAUCCCCAUCGUCUGUAAAGUCUGGAUCACCUGUUGUACUAAAAACCAAUAUCAUACAAUGUCAGUCAGAACUAUCACCAAGUAUAGAUGUCAACAAUAUGACAAUGAGUGAGGGUGGGGUUGGUGGUGGUGGUAUCUCGUCGUCGUCUAGUAACAAUUCAACACUGUUGAGAAUGAAUAGUAAUAAUAGCAGUAGUAGCAGUGGUGUUGGUGAAUCUGUUGGUACACGUGGUGAGUCGACUAUUGAAUCAUCAAUUUCUGACAAGAAGUAUCAUUCAUUUGAUAAAUAUCAUUACGAUAAUGAUAAUGAUUGUAAUAAUAAUAGUAGUAAUAAUAAUCAUACUACUACUACUAAUAAUAAUAAUGCCAAUACAAAUUUAAUUGUCGGUGAAUCCAGCUCUUAUUCGUUUGGAUUAUCUCAAAUUAAUGCAAAUAAUAAUAAUAAUAAUCCUUGCCGAGAGAAUGUUAUUAUUCAUAAAAAUCCCACAUUGGAAAGUUUACAUGGCUCAUCGUCAAGUGACACCAUGAAUCGUGGGGGAGAUGGUGGUGGUUUACACCAAAGACCGCUUAAUAAAGAUCAAUAUGAUAGACGAAUUCUAAUGCUACAGCAUCUUUUGCCUCCUGAAGCAAUCCAAGAGAUUCGUCAAAUAUGGCAAGAAAUGAAUGCACAUAACAAUACUAAUAAUAAUAACGACAAUAAAUCAGACACUGAUGUUCCAAUGACUUCUUCAAAAUCAUCUUCAUCAAAUCAAUCGACAGUUGCUGCUACCGCUGCUGUUUGUGGUGGUGGCGGUGCAAGUCCUAUUUAUCAUCACAAUUCACCCAGUCUACGUGAAAAUUUUGCUCGUCGUGUACGACAAGUGGUUAGACAAUAUCUUGGGCCUAAAGCAUUUGUUGCAGACAAUUUCAAUGAACCACAAAACACUGAAACAGAUUCAUCCUAUAUGAAGACAACAAAAGCUGCUACUGCUGGCGGUGGUGGUGGUGGUGAUGAUAAUAAGAGUCAACAAUCGUUGACAUUUUUAUCCAAUAAUGAAUUACAUCAAGAACGUCGAACGACAAGUCCUGUAAUCAUUGACGGUAGGGAUGAUAAUAAUAAUCAUCUAACUUCACUUGCUCCAGUCACUCCUUCCUCGACACCAACUUCGACGAUAACUAAUUUAUCUUCGCGUAUAUCAACUGCAUCAUGCAGCAGUAGUAUUAUUAAUCCUAAUAAUAAUAACAACAACACCACAUCAUCUCGGAUUCUUUCAUCACCAUCAUCAACAAUGUCAUCAUUAUCAAAGUCGACGAAAUGGAAUCAUAGCAGUCCUACAGAAAGUGGAGCUGGUAGUUCAAAUAUCUCCAGUAGUAGUGGUACAGCACACAUAGCAUCAUCUACUGUUAUUUCUUCUAAUACGACUACAACACCAACAACCACUGCUAUUACUACAAUGAAUGAUGUCGUUAUGAUUGAAAAAUUAUCACCACCUUGUUCACGUGUAAACAAGUUAUCUCCUCUGUCUUCUUGUACAACACAUCCGAAUCAUUUCAAUGAGACAUCAUAUACUACUACUAAUAGUAAUAAUACUGAGUCUAUUGAUAAUUGUGAAUUAUCCAAAUUAUCGAAUUCAUCUCAAUGUUGUAUGCUUGAAUGGUUAUUAUCUGAAGAGGCUGAUCUGUGCAUUUUACCCCCGUCAUUGUGUCAAUCAAAAGAUACUGAUAAAUUACACCACCAACAACAACCACAACAAACAUCCUUGGGAAUCUCUCCAUUACCUUCAUCAGUUUACAAUGCAUCAAUCUCACCAAUAACAACAUCAUUGAAUAGUAACACCAGUGUUGGUGUUGGCGAUGGUGGUGGUGGUGGUGGUGCAAAAACUUCACCAAUAAUUAUAACAACAACGUCAACCGCGGCAACAUCAACACCUACAUCAACAGAGAUUACCUGUAGUCCAAGUCAUACAAAAAUGAACACUACUGCUACUACUGAUGUACAAUUGAAUCGUCAAUUAUCAUUGAAUAAUACUAAUAAUUCAUCAUUAAUUACAACAGCUACAAUAAGCACAAAUAAUUCCGGUAAUACAACAACUUCUACUACUACUAUUACUACUACUACCACUAAUCUACUAUUGUCUAAUUCAACAAUAAAUUCAACCUUUACUGAAUUACGACGUUCUUCUCCUCAGCCAAGAACUGAAAGUCUAUUAGUGCGUUUACUACAUCCAACAAAAAGUCAUUCACUUGGCUAUUCAGAUACAACCACCACCACUACUGCUUGUGCUUCUGCUUCUGCGACUACCGCCACCAUCCAUGAUGGAACUUCACCGAAAUUAGUCUAUUCAACAGUAUUGCCUCGACCUGUUCCAGAUGCAACAGAUUCUAGUUUGUCGGUAAACAACCCAGCUACUGUUAGCGAUGUGAUUCCUUCAAGACAAUCAAACAGUCGGAAAUCAGAUUGUCGACUUAUUACUGCUUCACUUGACAAUUUAUACGAUACACCAUUGGUAGUGAGUACUAGUAAACGAUGUCGUAGUGGUCCAGCGACCAAUCAGUCAAUUCCUUUUUCUUCGGCUUCGUCUUUUUCAUCGACAUCCUUUUCAUCAACUAGUCCACAUAUAUCUCCUGGUAACAAGAGAACUCGACAUGCUUCACAAUUUGAAGAAAUGCCGAAUUCAAGAAAAGGCACUGUGAUAAACGAUUAUAAAAGUAAUAAUAAUAAUAACAAUAAUAAUUCUGAUGUAAUACCUAGUCCACCGUUUACAUCAUUAACACAACUUCUAAUGCAAGAUUUCCCGUCAAUCACAGAUAUUAUGUCCAAUUCACCUGUAUCACUUGGUUCACCAAAAUAUACACCUGCAUAUGGUGGACAGUAUGAUUAUAAUAAUAAAACAAUGAAAUCAUAUUCACAAGAAUCCAUGUAUGAUAGUACUACUACUACUAAUACUAAUGCUACACCAGUUACUACUCUACGGUGUAAUAACUCCUCGACGUUUGACAAUAAAGAGUUCACAUUUCUUCACACGGAUUCAUCCUGCUCUGCUGGAUUAUCAUCAAAUGAGAAAUAUUCAAAUAAUCCAGAUUAUGAAUGUAUUGAGAAGUCGUGGGCUUCGUCGUUAGCAUCAUCUACUUCUGAAAGUAAAGAUAAAUAUUCGCCACACGUGAUGACAAUGAUGAACAAACCAAUACCGCCGUUGACUGUUAUUCCUACCGCUACAACUCCUACUACUCCUACUACUACCUCCAAAAGUUCACUUCAUGCACAGUCUAGUCUAUGUCGACUAUUACUUGAUGCUCAAUUAGGACCAGAGGAAAUCUCUGAUGCUGUUGCCAGUGUCAGGGUUCAGAACAAAAUUUUACAUCAAUUAUCCGAAAUGAUAUGCCGUUCAACAGUUCCCUAUUGA